GCCCAGCUUGACUGCUGCAGCUGAGCGCUCUGGGUUGGUCAGUGUUGUCAGAGGCGCAGCAUGAGAGCCAUCUCUGCUCGGAUCAUGCAAGUAUGGGGAUAUUUGGAGGAAAAGACAGUUUGACAGCUCAAAGCUCAAAGAAAAGAACCAUGUGGAGGACGCUAACACUCUCACUGAUAGUUGCUCUGGCUUUGGGCACAGAGGUGUCCCAGUCUGAGGAUGUGGGCUCCAUGGUGGCUGUGGAGAAGGCGGUGGAGGUGCAGCAGGAGAAUUUAAGCGACAUUUCCUCCGUACUGGGAAACUCCCGACACCAGAUCCUGGCUGCUCAGUUUGAGUGCUACCUGAAGAUAAUCCAUGAUCCACCACGUACAGAUGAAGGCAGCUACUGUAACCGUACGUGGGACGGCUGGCUGUGCUGGGGGGAUUCAGCUCCAGGGAAUGUCAUGCAGAUGUGUCCCGAAUACUUUUUCGACUUUGACCCUGCUGAGAAGGCCACCAAAGUGUGUAAUCCUGGUGGCCAGUGGUUCCACCACCCAGAGAGCAACAGAGUCUGGACUAACUACACCCAGUGUCAGGCCUACACCAAAGACAAACGCAAGUUUGCCCUCAGUCUCUACUCACUGGCCGUGGUGGGUCACGGCCUGUCUAUUGUCUCCCUGAUCAUCUGUCUGAUCAUCUUCUCCUACUUCAAGAGUCUUAGCUGCCAGAGAAUCUCCCUCCACAAGAACAUGUUUCUCUCCUUCAUCUUGAACUCCAUUGUUACUAUAAUGUGGCUCUCGCUCAAUGUAGCUAAUGACCAAACCCGAAACGCCAGCAACCCUUUGAGCUGUAAGGUCGUGGCUGUGCUUAAUCAGUAUACGUCUACUUCCACCUACUUCUGGAUGCUGUGUGAAGGCAUCUACCUCCACACGCUCAUCAUAGUGGCUGUCUUUGUCGGGGAACAGCAGCUCUUCUGGUACUACGUCCUGGGAUGGGGUUUUCCCAUCGUUCCUGCCGUCACGUAUGCUGUGGCCCGCGGGUUUUUCUAUAACGACAAGUGUUGGAUCAGCUCUCACACAUAUCUGCUCUAUAUCAUUCAUGGGCCCAUUCAAGCUGCACUAGUUGUGAACUUAUUCUUUCUCCUGAACAUCGUCCGGGUUCUAAUCACCAAGUUGAAGGAGACCCACUGCGCUGAGUCCACAGCCUACAUGAAGGCGGUGAGAGCCACCCUCAUCCUCAUUCCUCUGCUGGGAGUCCAGUUCAUCCUUUUCCCCUGGAGGCCGGAGGGACGCAUCAGCCGGGCCAUCUAUGAUUUCUUUGUAAAUAUCGUCAGCCACUUCCAGGGACUCCUGGUGGCUAUUAUAUUCUGCUUCUGCAAUGCUGAGGCCCAGUCGGCACUGAGGAGGAAGUGGGCUCAGUGGAAGUCUGCCUGGGGUAAAACCGGCUGGGGAGAGACACCCACCACCAACAACCACUUCAACUACCACAACAACUCCUCCAUUACCGAAACCAGCCGCGCCACCAUCAGCUUGGAUGAGACUGCGCCUUAUCAACAACAUGAAAACAGCCAAUUCCUGUCCCAGGAGCAGAAAAAAGCCAACGGGCAGCAGAAUACAUGCAGCAACGGGGAGGUGGACAUUUUCAACAAGUUGGAGACCACCGACAUCUGACUGGAGGAAGCACGGAGGUGAUGGUUGAUACGCCAAACACACACACACACACACACACACAGAGAGAGAAAGACAAAAAAAAGAGAGGUUGCAGGUGAAUUUUCAAAAUAAAGGUAAACUGAUUGGGCAGUGUAUGUACAGAAUAUAAGAAGAGCACUUAAAAAGGAUGUGAACAUACACAUUUUUAUAGUGACAGCUCCAGUUUUUGGACUCUUAUUGAGAAAAAAAUAAUUUAUAUCAUGGUGUCAUCCUGUAAUCCUAGUAUAGUCAUGUUUUUGCGUACAUGUGUUGUCGCUGGAAUGAAGUCCACUUAUGUAUUUCGGUUAUUGUUUUUUCUAGUUUUUAUAAUGUGUUUCUUGUUAAAAUGUAGUGUUACAAAUCCCAAACCUGCCAUUUUUGAUAUCCCAAAUGCAGAGCUGUUUAUGUAAUCUGUUGCCUUAUGAAGCCUCUUAAUGCUUUACCUGUGCACCACUGUGACCAAUGAAUGUCAUAGCCCACUGAUGUGAUCCAUAUGUUCUUUUGCAUGCUUUUUGUCGUCACUGACCUGCGAAAAAGCGAGCAUCCCAAUUUAACCCGUCUUUCAGAAAA